AUGGAAUAGUAUGAGAAAAUCUGCGAGAUAGGCAAAGGAAGCUUUGGCCAAGUAAGCAAGAUAAAACGAAAAUCAGAUGGAAAAACUCUAGUCUGGAAAGAGAUGAAUUAUGGUAGAAUGUCUGAUAAGGAAAAGUAGCUAUUGGUGAGUGAGGUUAAUAUAUUAAGGGAACUAGAUCAUCCAAACAUAGUCAAAUACUACGAGAGAAUUUUAAAUAAAGAAAAGCAGAUUAUCUUAAUAGUUAUGGAGUAUUGUGAUAAAGGUGAUAUGGCUUUAAUGAUUAGAAAACUUAAAAGAGAUAGAGAUUAUUUGCCUGAAUAGUAAAUAUGGAAAAUCUUAGCCUAGAUUAUAUAUGGUCUGUUUGCUUGCCAUAGACGGAAAGAGGGAAAUAAAAUCUUGCAUCGAGAUUUAAAACCAGGGAAUAUUCUAUUUGAUGCUCAAGGUAACGCUAAAUUAGCUGAUUUUGGACUUUCAAGAAUGAUGGGAGAUCAAUCCUAGUUUGCUUACACUCAUGUGGGAACUCCUUACUAUAUGUCACCCGAGUAAAUAUCAGAACAAAAAUACAAUGAAAAGAGUGACAUUUGGUCAGCUGCUUGUGUUAUAUAUGAACUAGCAGCUCUCAAAACUCCUUUUGAAGCAACCAAUUAGAUUUAAUUAGCAAUGAAAAUUAAAGAGGGAAAGAUAAACAGAAUACCUUAACAGUAUUCAGAUGAGUUAUUUAGAGUCAUAUAGUAGAUGAUGACUUAGAAUUUUGAAAAGAGACCUUCAGUAGAUGACCUUAUGAUGCAUCCUCAAAUCAGCAAAAACAUAAAGGAAAAUUUUAUAAAGGAUAAGAUUUCAAGUGUUAAGCGAGAGGAGGAAAAAAUCAUGAGUAAUGAGAAAUAUGUGAAACAAAAGGAAUAAGAAAUUCUUGAAAAACUGAGGGAAUUAGAAGAAGAGGAAAAAAGAUUAGAUAAUUGGGAGAGGUAGCUUUAAGAACGUGCAGCAAAGUUAAACUCUCAAGUCAUCAUCGAGGCAAGUAAUAAAAUCUCGAUCGAUAAGCUAUCGUUUCCUUUUAAACCUAUUCAGACUCCUAAGAACAUGAGCAACUAACUACUUAAUUUUAAUGAAAAUCCCCCAGCUACAGGGUAAAUAAGAAGAUUCUAGAAAUGUGUGAGUGCAGAGAGAUAAUAAUAAAGUGAAGAUGCAUUUAUGAAUGAGAAUAAAUAGAAAAUUGAACGUAUAUAAGCAGCCAAGCAAUACAUAAAGAAGAAGUAAAUAGAGGAAAGUCGAAGUUCAAACAACCUUCUAUUUAUUCCAACAAAUAAUGAUAAUCAGAUUAUAAACAAUGGCCCAAAUACUCAUCGAAGAUUAGUGACUCAGAGAGACGACGUGACUAUAUUUAAAAAGCCACCAAUGCUUGUUAGACCUGGUAUUUAAAAAACUGAGAGAACAGUUCCAGAUUUGAAAUAAAGGCCAUAACAAGAAAGAAUUUAAGAUAAACCAGAAUAAAUAUCUGAAAUUGAAAUUCAAAGAAGAAAGUUAGCAGAUCUUAGAGCAAAUUACAAAGCAAAUAGCGGAAACAACAGUAGAUAAAAUAGCUUUGAUAAGAAUAUUGCACCUACUGGAUUACCUUCACCAUGUUAAAAUAUCUAAAAGUUGGCAAACUAAACUAUGGGAACUUUCGAUUUUAAGAGAGUAAUGAAUGUAUAAACAUAGAGGAACAGCUCUUAGGAGAAAUAAAGUGCUAUGCUUUAGUUCAUGAAUCGAAGACCUAGUACACAUAGCGGAAAUUCUAGUAAUUAAGUUCCAAGAUAAGCAAUGGGAGAUGUUACUUCUUAACUGAAUAAUUAUUAGAAUUGA